CAUCACAACACCGAGCAGCCUCACCAUCCUCCUCACCGCGUCCCACAACAUCCUCGACAUCUGUAUCACCCCCGCACCACUCUCGGCACCAUGGCCGCCCUCGCGUCCGCUCUUCCCCGCCCCCUUUACUCCAGCGUCCAGGAGGAGGAGGCGCCGGUCCUGAAGAAGCUGCCGACUGUCCACAUCCCGCCAUACCUCAAGCGCAAGGGCUGGAAGCCGACGAGCGAGGCGGACUAUGGCGGCGGCGGCGCGUACCCCGAGUGCCAUGUAGCGCAGUACCCGCUGGACAUGGGGCGGAAGAAGAGCGCGCCCGGCUCGACGGUGGCGCUGCAAGUCGAUGCGGACGGGACGGUGCGGUACGACGCGAUUGCGAACCACGGGCGCGGCGCGGGGCAGCGCGUCCAGUCGAGUUUUAAGGAUCUUGUGCCGCUCGCGAACCGCGCGGACGUGAGUGAAGAGGAGCGCGCAAUGCUCCGCCCCGACGAAGAGGCGGUGAACGAGACGACAGAGCGCACGCGGCUGGCACUGGAGAAGAUUACGCACGGCAAAAUCAAGGCCGCGCAGCCCAAGCAUGUGCCCAAGGCCAAUGGCGACGCGACGUACAUCCGCUACACGCCUGCCAACCAAGGCGCCGACAAGAGCAAGCAGCGGAUCAUCAAGAUGACGGAGGUGCAAGAAGACCCGCUGGAACCCGCGCGGUUCAAGCACAAGAAGAUCCCGCGGGGGCCUGGCUCGCCGCCGCCGCCGGUGAUGCACUCGCCACCACGCGCAAUCACAAAACAGGACCAGAAGGACUGGGACAUCCCGCCAUGCAUCUCGAACUGGAAGAACAACAAGGGCUUCACGGUGCCGCUGGACAAGCGGCUCGCGGCGGACGGGCGCGGGCUGCAGGACAUUGGGAUCAGCGACAACUUUGCGCGCUUCACCGAGUCGCUGUCUGUUGCGGAACACCACGCGCGCGACGAAGUGCGCGCGCGCGCGCAGCUGCAGCAGAAGCUAGCGCAGAACGAGAAGACGCAGAAGGAGGAGAAUCUGCGCCUGCUGGCGCAGAAGGCGCGCGAAGAGCGCAGCGGCGCGCCGCGCGCCGCCGCCCCGGCCCUCGGCGUCGGGUUGGGCGGAUACGCGAGCUCCGAGGGCUCGGCGUCGGGGUCGGGGUCGGAUGACGAGUCCGAGUCCGAGGACGAAGCGGCGAUUAGGGAACGCGAAGCGGUGCGGGAGGAGAAGCGGCGGGAGCGGGAGAAGGAGCUGCGGCUGAACAACAUGGGCAACGAGCAGCGUGCGAAAAUCCUCGCGCGCGAAGCGAACCGCGAUAUCUCGGAGAAGAUUGCGCUGGGCCUCGCAAAGCCGUCUGCGUCGAAAGAGACGCUGCUCGACUCGCGCUUGUUCAACCGCGAGUCGCUCAACACGAGCUUUGGCGCGGACGACGCGAACAACCUGUACGACAAGCCGCUGUUCGCGGGCUCGUCGGCGGCCGCGGCGAUCUACCGGCCGCGCGGGAAUGCGGGGAACGACGAGAGCUUUGGCGGGGGCACGGAGGAGGGCAUCCGCGCCGAGCUGGAGCGCGACCGCUUCGCGCUCGGCAAGGCCAAGUUUGAGGGCGCGGAGGCGGCCGAGGCGCGCGCCGGCCCCGUGCAGUUCGAGAAGGACGUCACGGUGUCGUUGGAUGGCAGCGCGGACCCGUUCGGCGUGGAGAGCUUUUUGGAUGCCGCCAAGCGCGGCGGCAAGCGCGCGGCGGACGCGGGCGAUGCGGGCGACGCGGGCGCGGCCGACAGCAAGCGCCGCCGCGGCGAGUUGUAGGCUAGAUGUAUG